AUGGUUUCCGACGAGACGUACGAGAUCUGCCUACCCGUCCUACAGGAUCCGAACAUUGAAGAUGAGGACAAAACAGACAAGCUCGAGGAGCUGCUGAAAGAAAAGACAAAUUUGAGUGGGCAAGCCUUGGAGAAUGCUGUAUUAGAUGCAUUAUGGAGAUAUCGAGACGGAGGGGGGAGCGCAACCUCCCCACCACCGAUACGGCAGACCAUCCUGCGACGGCCCUCCCCGGCUUCCUGGCGGGGCUCCGGAACGCCUCUCUCGAGUUCGCCCCGGUUGGGCGUGAGUCCCCUUGCCCCGCCAGGUUUCGUGCCGCCCUUCGGUAGGGCUAUGUCGUCCACCGCUUCCCCUUUCGGCUCGCCUCGCCCGUCACCCAGGUUGGCGUUCGCCGCCCCUGUGCCGCACAGCCCGAAUCUCAACGCAUACCAGUUUGCCAACGACGAACCGUCGCAAGAGGUGUUUGGUGACUAUCAGUCUGAAAAUGUUGACUGGCUCGUGAAUGAUGAUGCUGUUAGCGUGACAUCUUCUGUUGGCGGAUCGAGCGGGUUGAACGUUAGCGCUCCGGAAUUCGUGUCGACGCAGCAGGCUGACAUGACGCCCUACGACAUGCUGCGAUCUAUCCUGGGACAGAGCAAGUCAGACGAGGAGAUCAGCGCUGCUUUGGCUAUGCAUGGGUACGACCUUGGUGCCACUGUGGCAGCCAUCAUGGACAACCAAGUGCAGGACAACCUCGCAUUGGCCGCCCAGGCUGAGGAAGCGCGGAUAGUGGUCGGAAGAGCAAUGACCCCUGAUGGACGCCCGGCAACCCCGGCAGAUCAACAAAAGAGUAGUAUCAUCUGCAAGUUUUACCUGUCCACGGGACAGUGUUUGCGCGCCGACUGCCGAUUCAGCCACGACUUGAGUAGUCACAUUUGCAAGUAUUGGGUUGCUGGCAACUGCCUCGCCGGCAGCACUUGCAUCUUCUCACAUGACCCAGCGCAUCUUGUCAACAGGCUCCAGAUCGACGGCUCCAGCACGCCGCCGACACAGCACGCAUCUGUCAACCUGCAGGAUUACAACAGCUUCCCAGCGCUCAAGCCGGGAACUCCGGAACAGCCGCCGGGCUUUGCUACAGGUUCCAACGUCCCUGCGGUCGGAAUAACCCCUCCACCAGGAUUCAAGUCCCAUCACGGCUAUACCGGAGACCGGCCUCGGUCUCGGCCAAGCAGCCGACAUCAACAGAAAGAAAAUACGCAAGCUGCCCCCUCGCCGGAUGAUGCAGACGCAUUUCCGUCAUUGGGUGCUGCUUCGGCUAAGCAGGGAAAGAGACAUCACGGCAAGAGGGGCGGCCAUGGUCACACCUCAAAGGAGAACUUUGUGCCCAAUACCCUGGCCGACAUUGUGAAGAUGUCUCCGUCUCCGACUCCGGCUGCGCAGCAGAACCGCAGGGUUGCGCGCAACGGCAGCUCGACCAGCAUUAGAAACGGCGAGAACAGCGCAGCCGCCCAGGCGAUUCCCCAACCGAAACACAUUCCAUGGCUCGAAACGGGUGACAAAGCCAAUAAAGCCUAUCUCAAGGCGCGCCAGGAGGCCAUCAAGCACGGUGGCCUCCGGAACAAGUUCCUGCAGAGUGCCGCUCAAGCAUGGAACCGCAACGACGCACGCGCGGCCAAGGCGCUCAGUUUGCGCGGGCAGGGUGAGAACGAGCUGAUGCGAAAGGCGCACCGUGAGGCGGCGCAGCUGCUGUACAAGGAACGCAACAAGGAUAACGCUAGCUGCCCGGAAAUCUACGUGGAUUUGCACGGGCUUCAUCCCGAGGAGGCAGUCGAAUACCUCGAAGGCAUCCUCAUGGAGAAUGUAAACGAGAGCAGGCCCAUAUACGCCAUCACGGGCACCGGUCAUCACAGCAAGAAUGGCAAGGACAAGGUGGGCAAAGCGGUUCGGAACUUCCUCAACGAGUGGCGAUAUGCCUACCGCGAGUUUUCGGUGCCCGGUGACAGGAACAGCACGGGGGGGAUUCUGGGCAUCGACGCACGCAGCUGGGACCGGUCGCUUUCGCGGGACGGGUCGACGUUGACCAAGAAGGACGAGGACAAGGAGGAGGUCGACAUCCUGUCACAGGGCGUCGAGAUUGGCGAAGGGAAGGUGAAACUGCUGGUGAGGGACACGUCGGUCUCGAAGGAGCCGCCCAAGGGUCCGUCCGGGGCCAGGGGCAGGUGA